AUGCGUGGUGUAUCUCAGAUCGUGAUACCUUCGGAGGUCUUCACUAAUGAUCAACGCAAACUAUCCACAAUGGAUUGCGGCCUCCAUCAACCCGUAGAAAACUUGCAAUCUGAUGAGGUGACGGAGCUUAAUAAGACAGUCGACGACUACACCAUUCAGAUGGAGAUUGCACACGAUCGCCAUGAUGCUGAAGACGUAGUAUACUAUGCUAGUUUGAUCGCCAUUAAAAAAAUACUGCAGGCUCAACGUAGGCGAGACCACCAACACAACCAGAAGUAUAAGGAAAUGAUCAGACAACUUAAGUCAAACUGGGAAGCCAGCAGUCAAAAGUCUGAGUUUAUCAAUAACCAUGAUCUCGAUACUUUGACCCGCACGCUGAAUGCAUUUGCAGUGAUGUUGGAGACGAAUGAUGCUGCUCCACAUCAAUGGAUAUCUGUACUUAUGCAGUCGUUUGAUCCUAUAGGAUCAAGCUACUUCAUCCUUCGAAGACAUCAUGAUGAAUUAGGCCACUGCCCUGACUGA